AUGGGAAAACAUGGAACUGUUGAGGAUGUGGCAUGUGACUCUUUCUCUCCACGAAGAGGAGACGCUGCAACGCCGAGCAAGGCGGCGAUGGAGGUGCCUUAUAUAUUAUUUGAUGAAACUGCGUGCAGAAAGUGGAGAGGUAAAUCUGUUAUUUUAUCUGCCAUUCAUCAGCUACACAAUAGUUGUGCCAUUGUCACUCCAUGUGUAUCAUGUGAAUUCCCCCUUUAAGUCACAACAGUGCAUGUCAUGGAAAUCUUCAAAAAUAUUAUUUUGUUUACUGACAUCAGCUGAAAAGCCAACAUUGGCUGUUAGUACAAGAGACAUUAACCUGCACAAUUCACAAUCAUUGCAAGCGACAUCCAUGCCAUUUGUUCCUGACGCAGACCGGACCCCUGAACUGCAGGUUGAACACAGGGGUCCCAGUCCUCCAGCGGUUUUUCACCGGCGCUGACACAAGGGAGGACUUCAGGCUGAGCAGAGAGUCCCUGGCAGUGCUGCUGGACCUCCUCUAUCAGGAGCGGAGGCAUGGAUGGGGCGCCACAAUAGAGACUCUGGUUCUCCUUUUUUGGCUGGCCAGUGGGGCAUCAUACCGGGUGGUCUCAAGGGUGUUUGGGAUGCCCCCCUCCACUGUCCACUGCAUCGUCCACCGAGUUACGGAGGAGGUAGUGGCCAUUCGUCACAGGGUCAUCUACCUCCCGAGCUCCGCUGACGACCUCGCAGCCGUAACUCGGGGGUUUGCAAGGUUGGCUAGGCACCGUGCUAUUCUCAAAGCCGGUGCAAUCGACGGCUGCCAUGUACGAAUUAAGCCAUCAAGCGGUCCUGAUGGUCACUGCUACAUAAACAGGAAACUGUUUGCAUCAAUUAUAAUGCAAGCAGUCUGUGACCAUCAGGGCCUCUUUAUUGACACUUACGUGGGCUGGCCGGGGUCUGUGCAUGACGCUAGGGUACUCCGGCACAGCCCACUGUACAGGAAGAAUGUCUAUCCUCCUCCAGGGUAUUUCAUUCUCGCAGACAGCGGGUACCCAUGCCUCCAGCACCCACUCCCCCUCAUCACUCCCUACAAGCUGCCGGUGCGAGGUGUGGCGGCCCAGCGCUUUAACGGGCAUCAUGCCAGGGCACGCUCUGUUAUUGAGCGUGCCUUUGGCAUGAUGAAGACCCGCUUCCAUGCCAUCUUUAUAAAAGCGCUGGAGAUCCGCCACACCUUCGUGCCACAGGUACAUCAUCACUGCACACAAUAUUUUUGUUAUACUUGAGUAUAUAUUAAUUAAUUAAAUAAAAAUAUAAAAACUUAUUAUAUAUUAUUAUACUUAUAUUGUUAUACUUUUUUAUUUAUUAAAGGUCUAUAUACUUUAUGUUCUUAUAAACAUUCCUCUUAAAUUCAGGUCAUCACCCCUUGUGACGUCCUGCAUAACAUCUGCCUGGGUGCCGGUGACACCAUGGCACCAGAAGAGGAUGUGCGCGAUGGUAUGCCGGGGGAUGAGGUGGAGGACAGGCUCGAGGCAGUCAGUGGUGCCCGCUGGCAGGACAGAUUGUCUGCAGAGGUGUCGGCCCUGGAGGAGGUAGACCACGACCAUGACGACCUGUAG